GCACAGCGCUCAUACGUGGUGAAAACCCAUCAAAUAUUUACUUCAUGGGGAACUGUAUUAAUAUGACGGCCAGAGCAUGAGGGGCAACGCGCCACAACAUGGAGGGAACAGGUGUUUUCCGAUGUCGCUCGGCAGCACGAUCGAUAUAAGCCACCCUUUGUUAUCAUCGCUCUCCCUCUUCCUUCCCUCGUUUAUCGAUAUCUCUUCCUCGAAGACUACUCGCAAUGACAUCAGGGCCAUCGGAGCACAGCGUAGCCUACAAUAUCGGAGAUGUCACUCAGUCCCUCGGCACGCUCACAGAAGGCAACAUACGCAACGUUCGAUACGUGCGCAUCCAAUGGGUUGACCUCGCCAACACCAUCCGCGUGCGCGUCCUACCUGUCGCGUACUUCCGCAAGCUCUUCCAAACACCAACACCGGGCAUCACUGUUGCGACGUGCGCGCUCGCACUCGUCUUCCUUCAACUGCCUGAGGGCUUCAGCCCCGUCGGCGAGUGGGUUCUACGACUAGACAUGGCGAGCCUGCGGGCGUGCCCGUAUGCGCCUGGUCACGCAGUGGUGCACGGGUUCUUCGAGGAGAAGGUACCGCGACCGUUACUUGGAGGCGGGGAGACAAUGGAGCUUGCGGCCUGUCCGAGGACGAUACUGAGGCGGGUUACCAAACAAGCAAAGGAGGAGCUUGGCGUCGAAUUCCUUGUUGGGUUCGAGUCCGAAUUCGUUCUUCUUUCUGCGACGGACCCGCCGAAGGCUAUCAACGACGACGGAUGGUGCAUCGCAUCAUCAAUUUCCGCCGGCACGAAAGGACAGGAGGUUCUCGAAGAGAUUGCGGAUGCCAUCCAGCAAGCUGGGAUCGAGCUGCAGAUGUAUCACUCCGAAGCCGCGCCAGGCCAGUAUGAAAUCAUCACCGGCCCGCUUCCCCCACUUGAAGCAGCUGAUGCUCUUAUUCACACCCGCCAGACGAUCUUCAACAUCGCGACCAAGCACGGUCUACGCGCCACGUUUGCUCCUAGGAUUUAUCUCGAUACAUGCGGAACUGCAUGUCACACGCACAUCUCCCCACACAAACGGGACUCCCCGCUCACCUCCCAACCGCCCUCCAAAUCCUCCCCCUACCUCAACGUCCUCGAAAGCACCUUCCUCGCGGGCAUCCUCGCGCACCUCCCCGCCAUUCAGGCCUGCUCGCUGCCCCUUCCCCCGUCGUACGGGCGCAUGCUGGAUGGCAUCUGGUCCGGCGGGACGUACGUCGCGUGGGGGAUCGACAACCGCGAGUGCCCCGUGCGGCUGUCCAACGCGCACCAGCCACGCUCGCGCAACUUUGAGCUCAAGUGCGUAGAUGGGCUCGCGAACCCGUAUAUUUCGCUCGCUGCUAUCGUCGGCGCAGGUGUGCUCGGCAUCAAGGAGGGGAAAGAGGUGGAUGCAAAAGACUGCUCGGGGGCGAAGACACCUGCGGAGCUGAGUGAUGCGGAGAGGAGGGAGAUGGGGAUUGUGAAGAGGAUGGCACUUAGUUGGGAGGAGGCGAGGGAAAACCUGGCGAAGGACGAGGCGCUCAAGGGUAUCAUGGGCAAUGAGGCUGUCGAGUUGUAUCUUGCAGUGAACAAGGUUGCGGGCACAGUCUACGGUGACGGUAAAGAGAGGGAACAGGCGAAGUUACUUGUUGAGAACUAUUAGAGUCGUAGUGUUGGUUUUUAAUUUUGCUACUCGACCUCUACC